CUUCUCAGGAAAAAUUGCUAAUAUUAGUUUCACCGUUAUGGAGAAUAAUGGUGAGGUGAUAACGAAAAAAUGUCGCAUAUGGAAUCCCGCUUUGGAUGAUUGCUGUAAUGCGAUCAAUAACAAUGAUAAGGACACGAUUCCAGUUAAUUUUCCAAGUGAUCACAUGUCUCAGAAUUAUGGAACUUUGAUGCAACCAUAUCAUACCACUCUUAUGCAAUCUGAUUAUGCAAAAGGGAUGCAACACCAUAAUACGGCAAUGAGUUUUCGAUUCAACAUUAUGCUAUUACCUAAUUAUUUAAUGAAUACAAUGUUGAAUCCAAAUUUGGCACCAUUUAAUGUACCAAAUCAAAAUUGUUGUGCUGUAUGCGGUAGCAUAUUUCGAUUGACCGCUGAUUUGGUGCAACAUAUGCGCAUUAAUCAUCGAGCCAAACAUUAUUCACAACUACGAAAACGAAUAUCACCGCGAUAAAUGAUAUAAUAAUGCUUAUCAUAUUGUCUGAUUGCUUGUCAAUUUUUUACUUUCAUUUUAUUCAGC